AUGAGCGACUUGCCACAGCAGAGAACCACCCCGUCCCGACCGUUUACGCAUACCGGAGUAGACUUCACUGGGCAUGUGGAGAUCAAACUUAACAAAGGGAGAGGAGGGGUCAAAACUUCGAAGGGCUAUAUAGCCAUCUUCGUAUGUAUGGCAACAAAGGCCGUACAUAUCGAAAUUGUAUCGGACCUAAGCACCGAAACCUUUAUAGCAGCAUUUCAACGUAUGUGCGCACGCCGCGGCACCCCCAAACAUGUAUACUCCGACUGCGGCACUAACUUCAUUGGGACCGCGAAAGUGUUGCGCAGGGAGUUUGAAGAAUUUAAGCAACUUCUAUCACCAGAGUUCUUUAACGAGAUCAGCAAACUAGAAGUGGAUGGCACUUCAACGCCCCCGCGUGGCCAACUGCAAGUGGCCUCUGGGAGGCGGCUGUAA